CUACCUCUGUGAUGUUAUUGAGUUGGGGUUAAAUGUAGUUUGGUUAAUGAAGCAGGACUUGAUCUACAAGAUUAGGUUGUAUUUUAAGUCAAUCUCUUUUGAGAUACAAAAGAGAAAAGCAAGCAGAGUGAUACGGAGACCUCAUAACACCACGAAAGUAGGGCCAGAAGCUUGCUUCUUUUGGACCUGGGAUCCCUGUGCUGAAAACCUCCUAGACCAGGGGAAGAUUGAUGACAUGGACCUUUGUCCACAGCCUACAGAAAGAGAAAAACUGCCUCUGGAGCUGGCACCCUGAAUCCAAACCUCUAGCCUCCCAGAGCAUGAGAUAAUAAAUUUCUCUUUGUUAAUGCCAUCCACUCAUGGUAUUGCUAUUAUAAGAGUGCUAGAUAAUUUUUUUUAGAUAACUAAGACAAGGGGAAAGCUCAUAUAUCCUUCUUUAGAUCUGUUAUGCCAUAAAAAGUGCCUUAAAAAGAGGGCAUGUUCAUUGAAAUGAUAAACAGAUAUGUAAUCUAUUCUUUAAUGAGACAGACAUAAAAAGGCCAUGACAAAGGUAGACAAGACCGGUAAAUUUAUACAUGCACAGACUAAUAUCCAGGAGGGGAAUAGGACAACAGAUGGAGGAAAAAAAACAAUUCUUUUUAUAGAAAAUAGCUUUUGUACAAACUAACAAAAGUUAUAUACAGUGGGAGUGAAUAUUUGUGGCAAUUAAAACACAGAAGUAUUUUCUGUCAAUACCCACAAAAGUGGGAAAAGUAUAAAUAGAGAAUAUUCUUCCUUCUCCAGGUAUUAGUGAGAUAGACUGCUGCAUCCUCAAUACCCUCUAAUACUGAAUAGCAAAUGAAAAGAUCAUUUUAUUUCUUUUUCACAAAUCAAUGUUUGGGAUGGUAGAGUCAUCAAUCUUUCAAAUGUGGGAUCCAAGCAGAAGAUGAGGCUAAAAGAUGUGUGAACUCUGAGAACUGGGAAAGAAGGAGUUUGCAUUUCAUGGAAGUCAGCACCAUAUCCAGAACCAGGUGUGAAAAAACAGGAACAAGUUAGUCAUAGGAUAAGGGAAAAUUUGUUAUCACUUCUUGCUACUCAGUUUUUAGUUAUGAAAACAGAGGGCUUCUAUAUAUUAUAAAGUCAGAAGUUUAGAGUCAGGCCUACAUGGAUUUAAAUGUCAAUCCUACUAAUUAAAAGCUUUAUGAUCUAGUAGAGUUUUCUUAAGCACAUUUUUAUGAUGUGGAAACUGAGAACCAGGAAAUAAAAUAAUCUCUAGUUCCAAAAAUUUGAGUCACUAUAUAUGAAUUAUCUAGCGAACAUAUGGCCCCAAACUGAAGUUAAUUUCUUUUCUUCAUUUGACUACAGGGCAAGCCUAAAUGCUUUGUGCAAUUAUGGAUACUGGAUCAUGAAGAAAACCAUAAUGUUUUUCAUCUAAGUGAUAUCACCUUGUUCCACAACUAAAGAGCUACAUAAACCUAAGCGCAUGGCAGGUUGGAAUCAUACAGGUGUGAAGGAGUUCCUUCUGGUCGGAUUAACAGAAAAUCCAAAUUUGCAGCUCCCUCUCUUUUUGCUUUUUGCCCUCAUUUAUUGCAUCACUCUGGUAGGCAACUGGGGGAUGAUUGCUUUGAUUUGGUUAAGUGUUCGACUUCAUACUCCAAUGUACUUCUUCCUUAGCAACCUCUCUUUUUGUGACAUCUGCUACUCUACUGUCUUAGGUCCUAAGAUGCUGGUAAAUUUCUUAUCAGAGCAUCAGUCCAGCACAUUUUCUGGCUGUGUACUACAGAGUUUCUUUUUUGUAGUGUAUGCAACUACAGAGGGCAUCCUCCUGUCUAUGAUGGCUUAUGACCGCUAUGUGGCGAUAGCUAAUCCCUUGUUGUAUACAGUCAUCAUGACUCACAGGGUUUGUAUUCAGAUGGUCCUUGUGUCUUACUUAGGUGGACUCAUUAAUUCCUUGACACACACGAUAGGUUUGCUCAAACUAGACUUCUGUGGUCCUAACAUCGUGAACCAUUAUUUCUGUGAUAUUCCUCCUCUUCUGAAACUCUCUUGCUCUGAUGUCCGUACCAAUGAGAUGCUGCUUUUGAUCUUCUCUGGGGUUAUUGCAAUGUUCACUUUCAUUAUUAUCGUGGUCUCUUAUGUCCGCAUCAUCAUUGCCAUCCAGAGAAUUCGUUCAGCUGAAGGAAGGCACAAGGCCUUCUCCACAUGUGCCUCACACCUGACUGCUGUGACCUUAUUCUAUGGGUCUGCGACUUUUAGUUACAUCCAGCCAAGCUCCCAAUAUUCACUGGAGCAGAAGAAGGUCUCUGCUGUGUUUUAUACAUUGGUGAUUCCCAUGCUAAACCCUCUGAUUUACAGCUUGAGGAAUAAGGAUGUGAAACAUGCUGUGAAAGGUCAGUAUUGUGGAAGAAAACUCCCAGUGGACUGAAUCCUGUGCAUGUCUUUGCUAACCUGACAUUAAUCAGUUAAGAGAUAGGAGACUUUUAAAACUGUUUCGUAGAUAUAAUCACAAGCAAAACUAUGAUCAAAAUAUUCUCAUGCAAUUUGGGGUGGAAGUGUUGAAUAUGACAUGAAGAUUAAAAAUCAAUUUCAUUCCCUAUUCAUCAUUUUGGUGAUAUAAUAGUUUAAUUUCCUCAAAAGUGGAUUUUUUUUUUUUUCUAACUAACUGUCGUGCUAAAUUCUGAAAGAGGUCACUGAAGAUUCAAAAGUAUCAGACUUUGCUGAGGUCUUAAAAGCUUGUAAGUGGCUAUCUAAGAUACGUCUACUCGUUCCAUCCAGUUAGGAGCAAAGGAGAAUGAAGAAAGUCAAAGACAUAAGGCAAAUAUUAAUCCAAAGGACUAAUGAACCAAAAGCACCUCAGCCUCUACCAGCCUGAGCCCCAGAGAACUCCACAGUGCCUGGCUGUCAUCGGGAAUUGCUCUGACAAGGAUCACAAUAGAGGGUCCCAGACAGAACGGGAGAAAAAUGUAGGACAAAAUUCAAAUUCACACACACACAAAAAAGACCAGACUUAAUGGUCUAACAGAGACUGGAAGAACCCUCAAGACUAUGGCCUCUGACACACCUUUAACUUAGAGCUGAAGUUACUCCCGAAGCUCAUCCAAAAAAAUUAGACAGGUCUAUAAAACAAUUACACACAUGAGGAACUUGCUUCUUAGUCCAAUCAUGUCUAUAAGACCAAAAGGGCAUACCAGCCUAAAAACAAUGAGAAGAAGGCAGGAAUGGACAGGAAUCAUGGACAGAUGGAUACAAGGAAUUGAGAUGUGGAAGAGGAGAGUGAUGACACAUCACGGGGACUGCAACCAAUGUCACAAAAUAAUCUGUGUAUAAGUUGUUGUAUGAGAAACUAAAUUUUCUCGGUAAAGUACCACCUAAAGCACAAUUAAAAAAAAGAAUAAGACUACUUCAAAUUAAAAGAAUAUUCUAGGACAGGGAUUUACCAAAUGAAAAAAAAAAUUUUUUUUCUUUUA